AUGGUCAUACCCCGUCAACAAUCCACCAAACCUGCAAAAGCUGCUGAUUACUUGCAUUGCAUCAACUGUGAGGGUUACUUCAAGCGGAAAUCCUUGUGGAGUCAUAUGCGGAGGUGUAACCUCAGUCAAAAAGUCAAAGGACUUAAGCCAGGAACAUCUCGAGUCCAAGCCCUUUGUAAAUAUGCAGAGCCAGUACCUGACAGUGUCAAUGCACAAUUUUGGAAACUAGUACUUAACAUGCACCAUGAUGACAUAACAAAGGUUGUCCGCAGUGAGAAGUGCAUCUUGAAAUUAGGAGAACAUUUGUUCAAUAAACAUGGCCAAGAUGUUACAAGACACGAAUACAUCCGACAGAAGAUGCGUGAGACCGCACGAGUUGUUCUGCAAGGACAGAAAGAUGGCAAGUUGGAGAUGCUGUCAGAUUUCUUUGUGCCAGCUAACUUCCCUCACGUCAUAGAUGCCGUUCAGAAGGUGGCUGGCUUGGACGAGAGAACAAAAGUCUUCAAAACACCAUCUUUAGCACUCAAGUUGGGUCACAACCUCAACAAAGUGGCCAGUAUUCUUGAAUGUGAGGCUAUGAUCUCAGGCGAUGAGAAUACCAUUCAGAAUGUGCGAGUUUUCAAACAGAUCUGUGAGACCAGAUGGAGCGAGUGUGUCUCUUCCCAUGCCCUUAGGACUUUGAAUGAGGCUAAAUGGAAUGCUCCUCAGCUUAUUCCCUUUGCUGAUGAUGUCAGAAAAAUGCAUCAGUAUCUUGACACAAAAAGGAUUGAGUGCCAGAGAAACCUGAAGGAAGAAGCAGUAAAGAAGAACUGGGCUGAACUUGCCAAGAUCACACUGUGUGAGGUGAUAAUAUUCAACCGGAGAAGAGAGGGAGAAGUAUCCAAGAUGCCUCAGAAUGCUUUUACCUUGAGAGAUACUUCUGUCACCCAUCCAGAUGUGGAGCUUGCUUUGUCAGAACUUGAGAAGAAGCUGUGUAAGCACUUCCAGCGAAUUGAGAUAAAAGGCAAACGCGGCCGAAAGGUUCCCAUUCUCCUCACUCCUGAUAUGGCUUCAUCGAUGGAGUUGCUUGUACAAAAUCGUCAUCAUUGUGAUGUGUUGGAUGAAAAUCCGUACAUGUUUGGCAGACCACAGACUCUCAAUCACUUCAGAGGAUCUGAUAUUAUUCGUGAGAUAGCUCAAAGCUGUGGAGCAAAACACCCAGAAGCAUUGUCCUCAACCAAACUCAGGAAGCAUAUGGCCACCAUGUCAAAGGUUCUUAACCUAAAGGACAAUGAAAUGGAUGACCUGGCUGACUUCCUAGGCCAUGACAUUAGAGUCCAUCGUCAGUUCUACAGAUUGCCUGAAGGUACAUUACAGCUUGCAAAAAUCAGUAAAGUGUUGCUGGCGCUGGAAAGAGGACAGCUCUCCAACUUCAAAGGAAGAAAUCUGGAUGAGAUCAGCAUUGAUCCACAAGAGAAAAUGUCUGUGGACAGUGGAUCAGACACUGAAGAGGAAGAGGUUGACUCAGCUGAGAGGGAUCCUGCAACUUCAUCUUCCAGAUCACCAGAUCAAUUUGGGGUGACCAGGAGAUGCACCACUGAAGGUGGACAAAACAAAGAUCUGCCUUCAGCCAAAGAGAGAUCAAAUGACAAGGUACCGGUGGCCAUGGAAGUCUCUGGCAACUCCAACACAACUAAAGAAAAUCUACCAGAAAGUCAGAGUGGCUUCAGAGCAAUCUGGGACACAACUGACAAGGUGUUCGUCCUCGGGAAGCUUCAGGAAAAGUGUCAUGAGCUGAACGAGGGGCUGUACGUGACCUUCGUGGACUUCGACACCGUGAGGAGGCAGGAACUCUGGCAGAUCCUGGAGCGUCUAGGCUGCUCCCCAAAAAUUCUUGAUGAUCAUGCAGCUCCACAAGGGACAGCUGGGACAACUGCACACACCAAGACGAUGGAGCUCCUCAUUCGAGAACUUUUGUUUGCCGACGAUGCUGCUCUUGUUGCCCACACCGAGCCAGCCAUGCAGCAUCGUGACCUGCAUCACGGAGGCAGCCCAACCCUUUGA